UAGAAACUGCUCCUUUUGGUUUUCUGUGUUGUCAAGAAACUAGAAGUUUAUGUUGUGGUCACUUGAGCCUCCUGUUGUACAAUGUCUAUAUUCGUUUCAAGGGAAAAGGUAAUGAUUUUGUAGAUCCAACAUACCUUUAUGGGAAGGUAGUGUUGGAAUCUGACAAGGUCCCUUUUGCAAGACGUUAUGCCUUGUCCAAUAAUGGGCUAAACUUUCUGUUUGUUGGACAGUUCAUUGUUAGUUCAGUCGUUAUGUAAUUUCACUUUUGCCAAUCCCACAGCCCUGCGUUUAUUCUCUUUUCUUGUUUUUGUUGAGUGGAACUUUUUGUUGGAGUGGUUGGGCUAUCUUUUUCUUUGUUGCUUUCUGGAAGGUAUAACUUUCAGGAGGGGUCAAUGCAUUAUUGGAUUCUUAUGUUCAAGUUAUCUGCGAAGGGUGUGGUGGAACGUUUUAUUAUUCUCUUAAAAAUAAAACUGACUCUGUCAAACGUAUGUUAUACUUUGGGUCAUCAAAUCAACUGCAGCAAUCCUCGUUUCACGAGCCAUGGCUUUAUAUUGGGUGUUCAAAUAAUGGUUCAAAGCAUAAUAGUCACUAGGCAGCGUAAAACAGUGAUGUAUCUAGUUGAAUGUGUGGGUAUCUACACUUUCUUAAUUAUUCUGUUUCCAGUCCAUGGGAAUCGGAAAAAGGGGUUAAUGUCACUUAUUUGGUACCAUUUGGCACUGCUUUGUCUUGGCAUGCUGGCCUAAAAGCUCUAUGAUGCAUGUAUUUAUCCAUAAAUAUGUUUAUAUAUAUGUCCAAGGGGCAUGAAAACAUUACUGAGUUGGUUUCUUGUCAUAUUUAGCAGAAGUUUGUAUGAGAAGGAACAUUAUGGAAAUGCUACUUAUUUGAUGCUAUGUGGAAAUGUUGUUUAUGGGUGCUGUAUGUGCACAUGAGAGGGAGAGUCUUGUGAUCACAUCUUAUCCAUUGAACGGUAGCUAGUAAACUAGGGAGUUCAUACCAUCAUUGUUUGAAAGUGUGUUGGGUGCUCCUUCAAAAAGUUGAGUACUUUUCACAUAUUUGGAGUGCAGAAAGGUGGGAAAGAGCACGGCGCUUGCUUUGAUUCUGACUCCCUUGUGCCUUAUGUGAACUGCUGGGGGUGGGCAAAAUAGAAGUAUCACUUUAGGGGUGUGGAGAUUCCAUUGAAUAGCCUUGGCAGCGGAACUCCACGAGUGUUGUAAUGGAAUUAGCAGACAGGGCAGUUGGGUUUUUGUUAUCCCUUAUCAGCAUAUCUAUAUUCACAUACUAUACCCUUUGGGUCAUCAUCCUGCCAUUUGUGGAUGGUGAUCACUUUAUUCACAAGUACUUUCUUCCGCAAGAAUACGCCGUUCUCAUUCCUGUAUUCGCCGGUGUGGCACUUCUUUGCUUCUUGUCCAUCUUUAUUGGGCUUGUGAUGCUCAAAUCCAAAAAGAAGAAGGCUUGAUGCUUGCUAUGGUAGUAGUUCUUAAUUUUGACACAGUAACAGUGCCUAGUGAUCUAACUAUGAUAUGGUUCGAUAUCUGUGAAGUUCCACUGAGGCGUUUUUUAGAUUGUGUCUGUUUCAGUUGUCCAAGUUACUUUUGAGGUACAUGUGAUCAAUUUUUUACCAUUGUAAUCUUACGAUUUUCGAAGGCGUGUGAUUCUUUUGCCUGAUUUAGGCUAUUUUCGGAUUAAAUUUUGUUACCGUGUGAUCCCUUUGCUAAAUGGUAAUGCAAACAGAAAGAUAUCGGUUAGUUGAGUA